AUGGGCAUCUGUUUAGACACUGAACAAAACAAUGAUGAGCUGGAGACAACAGGCGGGGAGCGAAGUCGCCGCGACAGCGCGUGGGUCGCCCGCGCCACGCCGCCCGCCGCCUCAUUUCCCAUGCAGAACUCCAGCCACGUCAAGUUCGAGCCGCCCAACGUACCCGUCAUAUUCGUAUUGGGCGGUCCCGGGAGCGGGAAGGUGACGCACUGCGAUAAUCUGAUGCAGGAGCGGCGCGGUGUGGUCCACAUCAACAUGACCGACCUCCUGCAGCAGUACGCCAUCGGCAACGAUAUGCAAGAUUUCGGCACUUUAUCAAGUAAGACAGUGACAGAAGUACUAAUGCUGGAGAUGAAGAUGGCCCCCACUGCGAAAACCUACCUCGUGUCCGGGUACCCGCGAUCCAUGAGGGACGUAGCCGAAUAUUCUGACAAGAUUCAGACCAUAAACGGCGUGGUACUGGUGAGUUGGCGCCAAAGAGUCCUCGAGCGGCAGAUCGAGUACGGCGCGAGGCUAGGUCAUGUAGUGCUAAGCCUCGCCAGGAUGGAACUCGGCAACUUCUACAAGAAUGUCAUGCCGGUGGCUGAUUACUUCGACCAGAGCAACAUGUUAAUAUCCGUAAACGGCGAAAGAAAUCCUGAAGAGGUAUACAAGGACUUUCGAGCUGCCGUCCUUCAGAUCCUCGGGAACUAUGAAGACCAAACAACUGUUAAUGGCGUAAGCGGCGUCGGGGUUGGCGCUGAUGGUAUACCGGGCGAGAUAGUCGGGGUAGAACCGGCUCCUUCACCGAAAUAUCAAGUGAGGGAGAGAGAAAGAAGAGAUGUUGUCGCUCCACCUGUAGUGCCAGUGGCGCCGCCAGUCCAGGAAAAUAGAAACGAGAGGAUUGUUACGCCAAAGCCUGAGGUGAUAAGAGUGCGAGGUGCCGUCACCCGUCCAACCAUAGUGUGGGUGGUCGGCGGGCCGGGCAGCAACAAGGCCACGUUGUGCCAACGCACCGUCAACCAGCGGCAGGGGUGGACACACUUCAGCCUGGGUCAGCGUCUCCGGUCGUUAGCGGACGCCGGCGGUGGUCCAGCAUCGGAUGGGGCCCUGGCUCGCUCGGCCAUCAGUGGAGGAGAGCUGGCGCCAAGCGACCUGGUGCUAAAGCUCGUCAGGGGAGCAGUUACUGAUGCUGCCAGGAGCGGGCAUGGACUUGUUCUAGAUGGAUAUCCACGCGACCUAGAACAAAUGGAACAAUUCCAAACGGAAUUCCGCGUGUCCCCUCGCAUGGUACUCCUGGACUGCUCCAAGUUACAGCUGGGACGUGGCAGACGGGAUGAUUCCGUAGCAGCAUUCAGGAGACGCCUAGAGGUGUUCCGAGAGCUCAGUCUGCCCAUGUUGAAGAAUUUGGAUCAACAACAUAGGCUCGUUAUAGUGGAUGGUGACACUGACUCUGAGGACGUGCAGACAGAAUUCGCGAAGGUGCUGCUCGAGGAGCUGGAGAAGGCGGAGGCACUUGCGCAGAUACCGCAGUCGCCCCCAGAGCCUGCGUCGUCACCACGCACAGAUUUGUCGGCAGUGCAGCAGUUCGCGCACGCGAUGUCGCGUAUGGGCGGCGCGGUUACCAACGGGUACGCCAACGGAGCCCUACGCAACGGCAGCGUGCACAACGGGACGCUGCCCAACGGAAACGCCAACGGGUUCAUUGGGGGUAACAAGAUAAAACCCAUAAUGAAUUUGAACAACGUAUCAAAAAUACCAACUGUAUCGCAAAUGACACAAGACGACGUUAGACGACUGUACGAACAGAGUUCGGGAGAGGUGACCAUGAAUACGCACAUGUAGGUAGAUUGUGACUAUUAACUAAAAACUAUAUGAGUAUGUGAAAUUGUGAAUCACGAACAAUCCACUAAAUAAAUAAAUAAACGUUGCUACACAAAUUAAUAGAGAUCGAAAAAAUAAAUAGAUACAAAAUAU